GCAACAUCAACAAUAUUAAACUUUUAGUUACCGUUUUGAUUCUAUUAAAUAAAAAAAAUGAUCAAAUAUUUACUCGCGUUGACGGUGCUGUUCAUUGGGGGAUACUCAUCCCCAAUAAAACGUGAAGAGGUGUCAAGCUGCCAAGUCUGCCAUGCCGUAGAUCCCAACAAAAUUAAUGUUCAUCUCAUCCCUCAUUCACACGAUGACGUUGGAUGGUUGAAAACUGUUGAUCAAUACUACUACGGAAGUCACAAUGACAUACAAAAGGCCGGAGUACAAUACAUUAUUUCAUCAACAGUAGAGGCACUCAAAGCGGACCCGGAUAGGAGAUUUGUUCAGGUGGAAACAGCGUUUUUCUGGAAGUGGUGGCAACAUCAACCCGAUAACAUAAGAGAAGAUUUUGUUAAUUUGGUCAACAACGGACAAAUUGAAAUUAUCAAUGCGGCUUGGUCCAUGAAUGAUGAAGCAGCUGUUAAUUAUCAAUCGACAAUUGAUCAAUUCACCUACGGUCUUCGAUUAAUUAAUGAAACAAUUGGAAAAUGCGGAAUUCCAAGAAUCGGUUGGCAAAUUGAUCCUUUCGGUCAUAGUCGGGAACAAGCUUCCAUUUUUGCACAGUUGGGCUACGACGGCGUGUUCCUUGCCAGAAUUGAUUACAAUGAUCGCGACCAAAGAAUCUCCGACAAGAAUAUGGAAGUUAUUUGGAGAGGCAGUGCCAACUCUGAGAAUAUCAAUAUUUUCACAAACAUUUUUCCCGAUUUUUAUUUUUCUCCAGCCGGCUAUUGCUUUGACAUUGAGUGUGGAGAUGAAGUCAUUAAUGAUGAUACUAGAAGCCCCGACUACAACGUUCCAAAAAAAGUUGAAGAUUUCCAAAAAAAAGUAGAAUCAUGGGCUGCAUUUUAUCAAACUAGCAAUCUUCUUAUCCCCAUGGGAGGAGACUUCCAGUAUCAAUCGGCAGAAAAAAAUUUUGUUAACAUGGACAAACUUAUAGCUGGUUUUAAAGGCAAUGACAAAAUUAAUAUAAUUUACUCAACUCCGUCUUGCUACAUCAAAGCAGUGAAUGAUGAGGCCACUAGCAAAAAUAUCAAAUUUACUCUAAAGACUGACGAUUUCUUCCCAUACGGUUCUGCUUCACAUUGCUAUUGGACUGGUUACUUUACUUCACGUCCUAAUGCCAAACGGUUUGAAAGAACAGCUAAUAACAUUUUGCAGGCUGGCAAACAACUGGCAUCAUUCUCAAAAGUCAAAGGCGCUGACUAUGAUGAUGAUUUAACACUUCUAAAACAAGCAGUAGGCAUUUUGCAACAUCACGAUGCCAUUACUGGUACCGCAAAAGAAGCUGUAGCUAAUGACUAUUCCAGACUUUUAAACAAAGGUAUUAAAAAAGCUGAACCAUCAUUAAACGUUAUAGUAACUGACCUUCUCAAAAAAGAUGCUUCUUCUGACAUUAACUUAAACUUAGAAACUUGCUUGUUGUCAAAUGUUAGUAUUUGUGAAAUUACCAAAUCUGAUCGUUUUGUUGUAUCAGUGUACAAUCCUCUUGAACGGCCAGUUACACAUUACGUGCGCGUGCCUGUACCAGAUGGUAGUUACAAAAUCACAGGACCAGAUGGAGAAGAAACUGCUGAUUUGGUUGACAGUAUCUCUAGCUUUAGUUACGUAGAUACAAAUUUUGGAUCGCCAAGUCCCAAAGAGUUAGUUUUUGCCGCAAACGAUAUUCCUGGUUUUGCAAUCAAACUGUAUUACGUAGAAAAAGUUUCUUCAAAAUCGCUUCCAGUUAAACAAUCACCUGACCUUAAAUUCGGAACUGAUACAACUGGAUUUGAAAUUGAUGAAAAAACUGGUCUUUUGAAAUCUGUUACUAUGAAUGGACAAACUGUAAACAUUACUCAACAAUUCUUUUAUUAUCACGGUUUUAAUGGAGACAACAACGGUGAUGAAAACCAAGCGUCUGGAGCUUAUAUAUUCCGCCCCAAACAAAAUGAAGCUACAGUUAUAAGCAAUUCAAUCAGUGUUACUUCAACUAUCGGAUCUCUAGUAGAUGAAGUCCGCCAAGAAGUGAACGACUGGGUUAUCCAAAUUAUUAGAGUUUACAAAGGCGAAAAUGAUAAUUAUAUUGAAUUUGAUUGGCUUGUUGGUCCAAUAGAAACAGAUAAUGAAUCUGGAAUUGGACGAGAAAUUAUUAGCAGAUUUACUGUUAAUAAUGACUUUAACAAUGACGAAUCCUUCUUUACCGAUUCUAACGGUCGUGAACUGAUUAAAAGACAGCUGAAUAAACGAUAUGAUUACGAAUAUGACUCAACCCUUGAACCGAUUGGCAGUAACUACUAUCCCGUUACUUCAAAAAUUGUAAUUAGAGACGAAACCAAGAAACUGGAAGUGGCGGUUCUUAACGAUCGAGCUCAAGGAGGUUCGAGCUUAAACAACGGAGACAUUGAACUUAUGCUUCAUAGACGACUUCUGGCAGACGACAACAAAGGUGUUGGCGAAAGUCUCGACGACGAAGAAUUUGGACAAGGAGUAGUUGCGCGUGGUCAGCUUUACUUGGUUAUAGGUUCUACUGACAAUAAUGUAGAUGGAAGUAAAUCAACAGCAGCCCAAGAACGAGAAUUGGCUUUGAAGAAACUGCUUACUCCUCUAGUACUUGUUGGUGAUGCUUCUUCAGACGGUCUAUCUUUAGAUAAAGUUCAAAGUGCUCUCAACUUUAAUUUUGAAGGUUUGAAAACUAAUCUUCCUGACAAUGUCCACAUUUUGACUUUCGAACCCUGGAAGGAAAAUAGCUAUAUUUUAAGACUGGAACAUAUUUUGGAAAAUAAUGAAGACGCAACUUUAUCGACUACAGCAACAGUGAAUCUAGAAGGUCUAUUUACUCUUUUUGAAAUAACUGAAAUUAGAGAAACUACGUUGGGUGCUAAUCAGUGGUAUGAUGAAUAUGCAGCUGAGGAUAAGUACAUUUGGGCGCUCAAAGAUGGUGGUUCUGCGACUAAUGAAAAAGAUUCAAUUUCACCAUUGGCCGAUCUGCAGAUUACGUUAGAUCCCAUGCAAAUUCGUACCUUUAUAAUUAAAGUUAAAUAACGAAUGACGAUUUAAUGCAAUAAGAAAAUAAAGUUUUU